UUGUGUCUGUACCUCUGUGGCACUCACCAAGUCAAAGGAUCCUAGUACUCUCGAAUUUUGCAUUGGCUUCUAGGCAAAGGCAAAUCAGCCCAGUGUUAACACAAUACUGCUAUUUACUUGGUAAAUGCCAGAGCACAACAGGCUGUGUCUCUGCUAUAUAUGGUUCGUACUGUCUAUGUUCGUCCACGGAGAAAGCAUUGCAAUCACUAAAGAUAUUCUACUUUGGGUGCUUGGGGCGAUAUCUUCAAGUCACAUAUCUACGAAUCUCUAUCGUAGAUACUACUCCGUUCCUCGACUAGAUAAUUGGCUACAUUGUACCAUCUCGGUUGGAUAAGAGUAUACCAAGCCUAAAGCGUAUUUACCAUAUUCUACAUCCGGUUGUCGCACACAGGUACUGUAUUUUACAGGCAGGA